UCGUCAGACCCCAAAGGAGUCGACAGUCGUCAAUAUUAGCUAGCCCGGCUCGUAGUGCUGUUAGGAGCUAACAGUUAGCUGCUCGGUUUGCUGCUUGUUAGCUGAAUGCGUUGACAGUUAGCUGCUGUUCUGUCGUUUUAUUCUCGUUUGAGACCUUAUUUAGUCGAAAUAUAGCCAGGUUAUUCAGCCAGAGGCAAGCUAAUUUUAGCCCCAGUAGCGCCUGUCUGUCGUCCAGCUGGCCGGCUGCUUCCUUAUGCUAAGAGCUUGGUUACCUGCUAACACUAGCCGCCUGUAAAACAUCUGCUGUUGCUGUCACAGAGUUAAAUUAACCCGAGUUUUAUCAGACGGGGGUCAUCGCUUUGAAAUGGCUUAGUUGUUUUCCCCGGCUCCUUUUUCGCUUCUUAAAGGUCAAACGUUUAUUGCUGUGGCUCGUUUUUUUUAGAUACACCGUGUUCCCCUUCGGCUAACUGAAUUAGCUAAAAACAAAGCAGUAUAAUUUAAUGUAAUCUGUGAUGUAUGGACAUCACAAUCACCUCAAUCACCUUUGCAACGGGCGGACAGAUGAGGUCGUGUAGCUACAUGUCAUGAAUCAGCCUGAUGCAUGAUGUGAGCUGUGAGGCCUUUUGACACCUGGAAGUGGCUGCUGAUAUGGUGGACCUGAGGCUGACUCUCAGGAGCCCCCAGUCUCACUUUUUUUAUGAGAGUCUGGGGAAAAUGUUGCCACAGAUUAUGGAUCUAGGAUAUCAUCUUCCAUGAGUUUCCAUUUUCACAGUGCUUCAAUCAAACAGCUGUAAGGAACAUGGAGUGGGAAGCAGCUGAAAAGGAGAUGGAUGGCGUUACAGACACUGACGUGGAGAUCCCUGACGGUGAUCCCACCUUAGCGACCAAAUCUAGUCAGUGUGAGGCCCGAGAGACUGAUGAUGACUGCGAGCAGGAGGACAAAACAGCCUAUCUCAAAUCUCAGGACACCCCAAACCCAGCCACUCCACAAGACUCUGGAAUUGGCGAAGCAGAGUAUUGUGGUUCUACAGAGGCCAAAGAGGAUACUGAGGAGGUUUCAGAUGGGUUCGAGCAUGACAGCACUGCAGAUCAGGAGAGCUCACAGGUUAUCAAUCAAGAGGAGGAUGAAAGUGUGAAGGAGCAGCACAUGAAUGGAGAGUCUGGUUGGAGGAACGUGGGAAGUGGACGCAGGUGCAAACUGAAGAGCAGUGGUUCGUUUUCAGAGCAGAGCAGUCAAGGUGCUUUUGCCUCCAUUCAAAAAGGAAACGUUAUGUCCAGCGGGGGCCGGCACAAGCAGGCCCGCAGGCGUAACCACCACCACCAUCAGCAGAAUCGGGGCCGCAGGCGGACAGGCAACCAACUCGUCUUGGCUUUCAAGGAUAUGCUGUCUGAGUCUCUCAGCUUCUGGUGCAUCUCCUGCGUCCACAUGAUGAUUGAGAUUAUUGUCACAUUAACUCACAACUGCGGUGUCGGUGUGGAGACCGGAGGGGCGAAACUUUUCAACUUUGGGCAGCAGCUCCUUGCAAAGAUCACAGAUAUACCUGGGAUGAAGGCGGAUGCCAGUCGGAUUCUGAAUUGGACUAAAUGCACAGGAGUGGACAUAGUGGAUAAAAUUGUGAGGUCAGUGAAGUGGUUAAAGACAGCUGCCUUAUCUUGUUUCAGACUUUUCUGUGCUUUUGUUAUUCUUGGGUCCCAGUGGGCAAAGGGUGUGCUGGUGCGACUUGGUGGAGAGCGGGGAAAACGCUACUGGGCGGCUUUUCAGGAGUCAAGGUUUUGGAAGAGGGUGGCUUCCCUGCUGGAGAGAGUUAGAAGCCGAUUUAGGAGAGGUGGCCAAGUCCCGCCUUCCACGCCUGAGUCACCCAGCAGAGCAGGGAGGGGCCAGUCGGGCCAGGAGCUGGAGAGACUGCUUGCCUUGGCUGAGGUACCAGAGGAUGAACUCGACCCCUUUACAGUGCUUGGUGUGGAGGUGCACGCCACUGAGGCUGAGCUGAAGAAGGCCUACAGACAGCUUGCUGUCCAGGUCCAUCCAGACAAGAAUAAACACCCACGAGCUGGAGAGGCGUUCAAAGUACUGAGGGCUGCCUGGGAUAUUGUCAGUAACCCAGAGACACGACGAGAGUAUGAGUUGAAACGCAUGGCAGCAACUGAGCUCUCAAAGUCCAUGAAUGAGUUUCUCACUAAACUGCAGGAUGACCUGAAGGAAGCCAUGAACACCAUGAUGUGCACUAAAUGUGAAGGCAAACACAAGCGGUUCGAGAUGGAUCGUGAACCCACUGAGGCCCGGUUCUGUGCUGAAUGCAACCGUUGCCAUAGUGCUGAGGAGGGGGACCUGUGGGCUGAGUCCAGCAUGUUGGGCCUGCGCAUCACAUACUUUGCCUGUAUGGAUGGCAAGGUCUAUGAUAUUACAGAGUGGGCAGGUUGCCAAAGAAUAGGCAUUUCUCCUGACACACACCGUGUGCCCUAUCACAUCUCCUUUGGUUCAAAGAACAACAGCAAUGCCACACGACACAGGACGCCCUCAGAGCAUGCCACAGGUCCGACCAACCCUGCUGAUUUACAGGACUUCUUCAACCGUAUCUUCAAAGGAGGGCCUCCUAAUGACAUGGCUGCCAACGGGGGCUUCUUCCCCUCAGGUCCGCCUCAUCACCCACCUGGUGCUGGUGCACCCCCGUUCUCCCCUCCUCCAGGCCAGACAGGUUUCCACAUGUCGGGGGCUCACCGGCCAGAGUCCAGUGAGACUUGGGCUGAAAGCGGCAAACCCCCCAGGAGGAGGAAGAAGGUCCGGAAGCCCUUUCAGAGGUGAAGUCUGUGGACUUCUCAGUGUAUCGACAAAGCAACACAGGGACACAAUAAAUAAUGGCCAUGUUUGUCUCUUGCCUGCCUGUUGGCAUGCCAAGAUCUGAACUAGAGAAGAUUCAUGAGGGUAAGGCUUCGCUCAGAUCAGCCAGAGGAGAGCGAGACUGGAUCACGAAGAGGAGCCUGCGGACUGAAUACAAGUAUUGAAGGAGGGCUGAAGAGGUGACAGUGAUGGUGCUUUACCUCUCAUUUCACCUUAUUGUUUGUUGGUCUUUAUGACGACUGUAGCCUUGGCAUUGAAAUCCUUAUCAGGAUGCUGUAAUGAAACACUUUCCUUUCAUAAUUUCCUGCCAAAUCCUGCAAUGCAUGAUUUAUUCACCUGCAUUUUAACACUUCUGUUCUCUCACUUUUGUUAAUGUUUUGUAUAAGGUUAGUUUAAGACAUUGACUUCAGACUGUUGAAGAGGGUUGCAGUCAGUUAGACUGUGAAUUAUGGAUAACUAUAAUCCACAUGAAGAAGAUAAAGAUCUGAGCAACAUCACUGUGUCAGUGUUUCUCACGUUAGUGGCGUGUGGAUCUACCUCUGGAUCGGCACCUCGGCCACUGUAUUUCAAGAAUGAAUCUUAACUAGCCAAACCCAAAACAUCUGAACUAAAUUUACAAAUUUUGAAAAUGUAUUUGCAGGAGCCACUCUUUUAUGGGUGACCUGACCUGAGAGUGGCAGGUUUUUGCAGUUAAAUUGGGGCAUGUUGUGAUUCUCUGGUGGUGGGCAAACAGAUGGCAAGUGAAAGCAAAAACAUUCUUGGUAUGCAGGACUUGAUGGAAUUCGCAUGCAGUCAUCCUUCUGCAUCCACUGAGACAACAUAUUUGUCCCUAGUUUUUUGUAUCAUUAUUAUUUCAAACAGGAAAAUUUCCUCUUAAAAAUUAUUAAAUAUGACAUGGAUCUUUGGUUUGUUUGCCGUUUGCUGAAAUGACAAAUUUGUGCUCACCAGGGGUUCAGUUUCCGUGGUUGCAUUUCAUAAAACAAUCCUGUUAUUGCUUUAUGAAAUGUAACACAAUCACAUACUACAUCCACUCAUUCAGAAUUAGUUAUGUUUAAAGUUAGGGUUGUUAUUUGUUUGGCCAAUACCAGAGAAUCACAUCCUGCAUGAGAUUCCAGUCACAUUAAAGCUAGGUUUGUUUCUCAGCAUUGUCAACAUUUGAACAUCUCAGCCACAGACAAGAACCUGUGAUGCUGUAAAAUGUGAUCUGUGGAUCUGAUACAACCCUUUUAUCAUUCUUAUUUUAUUUGUUUUGAGAUUCAAAGUGAAUUCAGUGGUGUUUCAAAACUUUGUAGGCGACACCUUGACAUUUUGAAAUGUGACAUGUUGAUGUAUUUUCAGUCCAAAGUACCACAUAUAGUAGAUUUAUACUGCCCCCUGUUGAUCCAGUGUGCAACCACACCACUGACCUGAUGUUUCAUGUAGGCAUAUUGAAAUCACAGACAACAUAUAGCAGUUAACAGCUACCCAAGUCUUAAAAGUAUUGUCGUAAUUUAAAAUCAGACAUUGUGCUGAUUUACUGAAGCAAACCUGACCUGUCAACUUCAUUACUGACUUCACGGUACAAAAUCAACAGUUUGAAAACCUGUCAUUCAAACUGUUCCUGAAAUAACUUGAUAUUCCAGUUGUCAUCUAAAUUUCUCACCAUUUCCUUCCUCUCACGUGCCAUUUUAUGCCAGCUGUGAUGCUUUGGCUGUACGUUAUAAGCCAAGACUUGUACAACAGUGUCAUCUGUCAUGAAAGACUCCCAAAACAGGAAAAGUCAGGAAUGAAAAAAAUCUACCACAGAAAAAUAAACAUUCAGAGUAAUUCUAACCCUGAGAGCGAAGAGCUUUGAUUUGUUUCCAUGCAGCUGUAAUCUCAGUGGUUCCUGGCAGCUUUGUAAUUAACAUUAUUAACAUUCUGACUUGUUAUGUUUUGCAGUGAUGUGUCAGUUGGUGCAGUCUCCUGAACACAGUUGAAAACCUCCACCUGGAUGUGGUCCAGCUUUCAAAAUGUCAAGGUCACUGAUUGACAGAAACUCUAAUCUGAUUUCCUUUUAAUCUCCCCAGUGUUACAGUAUGUAACAACGUUAGCAGUUCAAAAAAACAAGCAGUUGUAUUUUGGGUUUGGUUUCUGGAAAUGAUUCUUGCAUUAAAAAUUACACCUUAAUCUUCAUUGUAGGUUAAUUUAAGAAACCAGAGCUGUUGUUGUUUACACCUGAUAUGUGAUGACUGUGAGACUGUAGUGAUAUACGGCAUUUGAUAAAGGCUAUUUUUUAUAUUGAUGGUUGAUGAUGAGAAAUGCCAUGUUAAUUGUUUUAUUUUUCUUUUGUGUUAAUUUGCACACCCACCCCUGUUGUAACAUCACAGGGUUUUCAACAGUCAUUGGUGAUUUAUCCAGACUCCUCCAGCUGCAGCUGUGUGGGAGGUGUAGCUCGCUAAGCUUGAUAUAUUUUUUUGUUGUUGUUAAAAGAUGAAUGUUAAAUGAGUGACAAAUUUUUUUGAAAAAUGACAUCUUGCACGACCAUUACACUCCACUUACCACUCUGGAGAAACCCAAAUAUCAGAACUAUUUUAUGGCAUUGUAAUGCAUAAUGAGGGUCUGUGUGGUCGCCUUAAAAGAUGAACCUUUGUUGCAAGUAUUGUUUGAGUUCAAUGAAGCAGGACGUUAAGUUUACCACAUCUCUCUUCAUGUGUCACAUUGUUUUUCUCUUUUAUAUUUGGCCUAUUUCCCAGACAUGGACUGAGUUAUUGUAAACUAGAGCGGCCUUUCGUUCUAAGUGAGAGUAUCUCUCACACAUUGAGACAGUAAAAAUAGUACUGGAUUAACUUUAUUCUGGCCAAAAACAAUUUGAUAGCUUGAAGAUUAGAGAUGUCAAGGUUAAAUUCAGGUUGUUACUGAUCAAAAAUGACAAUAAUAUUUCUUUCACAAAUUUGGCACAUCUGUUCCACAUCUUCUUUGCCAACAAUGUGCACUUUUUCUUCUUAUCCAUGCUUUUGGAAACCUGGUUUUUAGAUCUCCAUACAGUGUCAAAUAUCUGCUUGAGUCCCUGUUUAAGAAACCGGACCCAUAUUAAAAAGAGCGCGUUGUUUUCCACAUCCACCUUGACUUGAGAAUGUACAGUGCUGUAUGUUAAAGGUAGCAGUUUGAAGUCAAAGGAAGAGCCAACACUUUUUUUCCUUUUUUUCUUUUCAAGUUUUUAACAGAAUAUGCAGAAGUAUUGCAAAAAAUAUCUGACAAUCAUCAGGGUUUUUUGUAGGGAAUUAUGUGGCGAGUUCCCUGGCUGGCAAACAGUUUUAAAAUAUCGCUGUUGGGUUUCGUUCCCCCGCUUUCUCUGGUUUUCAAAAUAAAGAUGAUUUCCUAUAUGCACAA